AGAAAACCCCCUAUAAAUUCCCCCGUCACUCUCAGUCCAUACAGCUCCAAUUUCAUUUUUAUCUCCCUUUCUCUCUCGCCAUGGCGAACCCUAAAUCUCUCUCGCUGAUUAUCCUAUCAGUUCUAGCGAUUGCCUCUGCAGAAGUUUUCUUCGAGGAACGUUUCGAUGAUGGAUGGGAAAAGAGGUGGGUUGUAUCUGAUUGGAAGAAAGAUGAAAACACAGCUGGUCAGUGGAACUACACUUCUGGCAAGUGGUAUGGAGACGCUAAUGAGAAAGGAAUCCAGACAAGUGAAGAUUACAGGUUCUAUGCUAUUUCAGCUGAAUUCCCUGAGGUCAAUAACAAAGAUAAGACACUAGUAUUUCAAUUUUCAGUCAAGCAUGAACAGAAACUCGACUGUGGUGGUGGCUACAUGAAGUUGCUCAGUGGCGAGGUUGACCAGAAGAAGUUCGGUGGUGAUACCCCAUACAGUAUUAUGUUCGGACCAGAUAUCUGUGGCUACAGCACCAAGAAAGUUCAUGCUAUCCUUAAUUACAAUGGGUCAAACCACUUGAUCAAGAAGGAAGUUCCAUGUGAAACUGACCAACUUAGUCAUGUUUACACAUUCAUCAUCCGUCCAGAUGCUACGUAUAGCAUCCUUGUUGAUAACGUAGAGAAGCAGACUGGCAGUUUGUACUCUGACUGGGAUCUUCUUCCGCCAAAGAAAAUCAAGGAUCCAGAGGCAAAAAAACCUGAAGAUUGGGAUGACAAGGAGUUUAUUCCUGACCCUGAGGAUAAGAAACCUGAGGGCUACGAUGACAUACCAAAGGAGAUUCCAGAUCCUGAUGCAAAGAAGCCUGAGGAUUGGGAUGAUGAGGAAGAUGGUGAAUGGACUCCUCCAACCAUUGCUAAUCCUGAGUACAAGGGUCCAUGGAAGGCCAAGAAAAUAAAGAACCCCAACUACAAGGGCAAGUGGAAGGCACCAAUGAUUGACAACCCAGAUUUCAAGGAUGACCCACAUCUAUAUGUCUACCCUAACUUGAAAUAUGUUGGUAUUGAAUUGUGGCAGGUGAAAUCUGGAACAUUGUUUAAAAAUGUCUUGCUUUGCGAUGACCCUGAGUAUGCAAAGAAGCUUGCUGAAGAUACUUGGGGAAAGCAGAAGGAUGCUGAGAAGGCAGCUUUUGAAGAGGCCGAGAAGAAGAGAGAAGAAGAGGAAAAGGAAGACCCAGCUGAUACUGAUGCUGAUGAAGAUGAGGAUGAGUCUGAAGAUACCGAAGGAGAAGAAGACAGUGAAGUAAAAGAAGACGACAGUGCUGACACCAAGGAUGACGUACAUGAUGAGCUCUAGAGAGGAUGCACUUUUGCAAGCGAAUCUGUCAGGAGGAGAUGAGAGUGGACAUCUUUUAGACCUCCUAAAUAUUUUUCUUUUUCCUUUUUUAUUCUUAGCCUGUAGGAUUUUUAUGUUAGGCAAGAAAAUAGAGUUGGAAGACUGCAUGCAAAACUGCGUGGCUGAUUGUUUUGAGACCCAUUUAAGACCAAUCCGAGCCUUAGAACGAAGAGGAUAUUUUUUAUCUACACAUUAUUAAAUAGUUUGGAUUUUAUAUGGUUGCUUACA